AUGAACUUGAAUCACAAUUUUAUAGGUGACUGCACAAGAUGUGUUAACGAUGAUGAGAAGUGGGCAGGGCAGAGGAGCAUAAUAUUUCUGAUAAACAAUGGAGGAUACACAAUUGAAGUUGAGAUCCAUGAUGGGCCCUACAAUGUGAUCAAGAAUUGGGACUACAGUGGACUGAUUGACGCCGUCCAUAAUGGGGAAGGCAAAUGCUGGACAACCAAGGUUCGUUGUGAAGACGACUUGAUCGAAGCAAUUGAGGUUGCAAAUGGGGAUAAGAAGGAUUGCUUGUGCUUCAUUGAGGUGAUUGUUCACAAGGAUGAUACCAGCAAAGAGUUGCUUCAAUGGGGCAGCAACCCUAGACCCCCAUUGAAGCAACUCUUUGCUGGUAUGCUGUACGACCAAGGUUCGUUGUGA